AUGUCCACGAAAUUCAACCUCCCAGCCCUCAUCAAAGACACCCGCACCCGCACCAAGAAAUUCAGCAACAAGCGCGGCGGUGAUGGCGGUCUCCUUCCAGGCGCCUAUGGCAGCUAUGGUAUAGCUAGCCCUUCGUCGGCGGCGCCAAGCCUAUGGAGCCCAUACGCCCGACCGCCUAGGCGCUCCAAGAAGCUCGUUCUGCUCUGGCUGUUCACCUUCCUGACGAUUGGCUUCUUGACCUGGUACCUAUCAACCCGGCGAGGCGUGGCAACAGAGAGCUAUGCCGAGGUCUUGACGGAGGCACCGCCCAAGGAGAUCGUGGUGGACCAGUAG